UGAGGAGCACAUGGACGGAAUCUGUGAGCUGUGCGUGGAUCAGAACCCGCUGCGUGGAUUUGUGCUGUGAGGACUUAGUGAAGGAGGACCCAGAAAAACACGACAGAUUCUUUUACUCCAGUUUGUGUCUCUUUGUGUUCAUCCACCUCCCUGCGCGCACACCAGCCUCCCCCGUUCUCCCCCCUCCGUCCUCCAUCAUGGCUCCAGAGCUCCGGGUCUCCUGCUUCUGCUGCCUGCUGGUGCUGCUGGUUCUCCCCGCCGUCCGGAGCUCGUUCCACCGCAGCGGUGUGGACUGCGGCCCCGGGAGGGCCGAAGACUGCCCAGAUUUGUCAGAGAAGAAAAGCGACCUGCGCGUGUGUGACACCGGGACGUGUCGCUUUGGAGGAACCUGCCGCGAGAACGGCGCCGACAUCAAGUGUGUCUGUCAGUUCCAUUGCAAUAAGAAGUACGUCCCCGUGUGCGGCUCCAACGGAGACACGUACCAGAACGAGUGUUUCCUGAGGAGAGCGGCGUGCAAGAAACAAAGAGCCAUCAACAUCGUGUCAGAGGGACCCUGUUACCACGAUGCUGGAUCAGGAUCUGGAGAUGGAGACGACGAAGGCUCCGGCCGCGGGAAAAAGACGUCCAAAUGUGGGAACUGCAAGUUUGGAGCCGAGUGUGAUGAAGACUCUGAGGAUAUGAUCUGCAUGUGUAACAUCGUGUGCAACGGCCACAACGACAACCCGGUGUGCGGCAGCAACGGCGUCACCUACGACACGCCGUGCCACGUCCGGGAGGUGUCCUGCCUCAAACAGCUCAAGAUCGACAUCAAGCACGUCGGACGCUGCCAUGAUAAAAACAGGAAAGACGACAGCAUCAAAACCAAGCCAGAAAUCUACGCUGUCCCCAAGCCUGGUGAGGGGGAGGGGUUUGAGGACAGCCCCGCCCCCUGUCCAGAGGACUACUCCCAGUUCUGCGAACACGGUAUCUGUGAGAUGAGACAGAACCUGCCCACCUGCAGGUGUGAGGAUGCGUACGGGGGGCAGCAGUGUGAGCAGCUGCUGGACUUCAACAUCCUGUACGUGGUGCCCAGCGGGCAGAAGCUGCACUACGUCCUCAUCGCCGCCAUCAUCGGAGCUGUUCAGAUUGCUGUCAUCGUGGCCGUGGUCAUGUGCUUCACCAGGAGGUGCAACAAGACAAAGCGUGGUCGGAGGCAGAAGCAGCAUCUCGGGCACUUCCCGUCAGGAACGUCGUCCCGGAUGAUGUAGCUGCUUUUCUUUUUUCAAUGAUGUUUUUAAUUUUCCAUCUUGUUUUUUAUAAAAUUCGACAGUCCGACCUUUCGUACCACAGACUGCAUUUUUGAUAUCUCGACUUUUUGGUGCCUCUUCUUAUUUCCCCUCGUUUUUUGGAAUAACCCGACGUUACUGAGGGGCCUUAUUUUCCACCUUUCAUUUCUUUGGCUUCCCGUCUGCACGUGGUUUUCAGUUUGUGGAGACGCGGCCGUGCUGCUGCCGUUCUCUCAGACUCUGAAACACUGUGGAAACUUUAUUUCUCUGAUUGUAUCGGCGCUCCGGACGUCCACGCCGCAAACAGUGACGAUUGUCUCAGUUUUCACCCGGUGAGACGCACAGCAGGAGCGCCUCCUGUUUAGUUUUCGGCCACGUUAGAGCUCAUUCCUGCUACAGCUGCGGUUCUCGUCCGUCUUCCUCCCGCCCACAGCGACCCUCAUCCUGAUUGGCUCUGGUGUACACGCACGUGCUGAUCUGUGGGUUCAUCUCUGCUGAAACAUGUCCACCUUUGUGGCGUUCGUGCCACAUAUUAAUGACCUGACGGGAGAUUCGACCCAACGCACAUGAGGUGGAACCCAGAAAACGAGGCGAUCGGAGUCGGUACUAAUGGGAGAAGAGCUGCUGGUCACGUGAUUUCCAGCUGCUGUGACCACUCGGACUGAAACUACACACUCGAAAUGUCCUGAAGUGAUGAGGAGCAGCUGAAGCCGCGGCUGGAAGAACUGUUCUGAAGUGAAGUGGUCAUGUGACUGAAGCUGUCACAUGACCACUUCACUGCGAAUUAAUCUUUUGUUAAAUCUUUGUUCUGUGAUUGGCUGAAUUUGUUCACUAAAGCUGUAAAACAUGGACGUAGCUACUAUGAACUGCAUGCUCAUUGGCUAAUGAUUUGUGAUUGAUGCCAGCCAAUGAGCAUGCAGUUUCCUUCUACAUAUAAUCCUCCUUUUAGAAAUGUGGCGUAAAUGAGAUUUACAAAACAGUCAGUUCAUUUUUAUUUAGUGUGGCCGAAAUCAGUGACCGAGCAGGAGAGGUCAAAGGUCAGCAGCAGCUGUCGCCAUCUGGUGGCCUUUAGAUAGAAUCCAGGUUUAUUCAUUUUUCUGAGCAGGAAGCUGCGUCCAUGUUUUCUGCUGUCUGUGAAGGACGCUUUAAUGAUCCAGACAUUUGGCAUCAUAUCGUCAUGACAACAUGUUGGACUAAAAUGGGGGAACUGGGAGACAGACUAACAGGACUCGGGUGUGGAGGUUUUCACUCAGACUGCUCGGUUAAUUAGACCAAAGCAGCUUUUAACAUUCAGUCAAAACUGUGAAUCUUCCCUAAAAAUGUUAUUUUCUUAUCAGCUUCAUAUCAGCGUUUAUCUGGAAAUAUGGUUCUCAGUCAGCUUCUGUGUGCGCCACGUUUCUAUCCUUUUAAAUCUUCUCUGUGAAAGCGACAGAUGUGAUGAAGAAGAGCUGUUCUGCUCACAUUAUCCAGGGUUUCUGUUUUACUUAUCAGUGCAUACUGCCCCUCAGCAGGCUUCCUGACUUUGGCCAAUCGGAAAAAGAAACAAGAAGGAGGCCUUGAAGGGAAAGCAGCUGAUUUCAGCUGGAGGCAGCGAGGCUCUGCAUGAAGGGCAGAAUCAGAUAAAUGAGGAUGAUUUUGAACUGUGAAUCAUGCAAAGCUACGCUGGCGGUGUAAUGACAAACAGGUGGAGCUGGAAAGGAGCAGAAGAAACCCACUUUGAAGGUUUAUUGAGCACCAAACGCGUGUUGUGGACGUUGCCAUGUUGAGAAUUCCCACGAUGCACUGCUGCUCACGUUUGGCCAACUUCUCUUGUUUUUCUUUGUUUACUUUGUCACGCAUGUGUUGUACCGCCUUAACUGUCCAGGGGGCGCUGUGCAGCGGGACUACAGGAUUAUCAGGGACCAGCGGAGCCCCGUGCCCCUCAGAUAUGAGCCGACUCGUAUCUCAGGCGUGUUUUUUGUUUUUGACUUUGUGCUACGUCUCACAGGGUCAAACGUCACGUCUCCUUAGAGAAACUUUCUUUAAACACUUUUUGUAUUUGUUACAAUGAGAUCCACCUGAAAACCAAAAUGCUGUUUUUUCUACUGCUUAAAAAUAAUAAUGAGGUACAAGCCGACAUGUACAGGUUGCUAUGCUAAUUAUUUUAUUGCCUAAUUUUCAGAUGACGCCAUUCCGGAAAUGGAUUCCAAUGUUUGUGUGUUUGGCUGGCGAUAAUUUAAAGGACCUCGUCAAGCUUUUUAUCUUCAUUCUGAUUCGUAACGAUGGUACUACGUGUCUGUGUUGGUUGUUUUGUUGUGUUAGAAGGAGUAGGCCGAUAAGCUGGGCUCGGGUUCGCCUUGCGCGCCGCUGCCCUGACGUGAACCGCCACAGUCUUGGUGGGGCUUGGGAACGGGCCAGAUGUUGCUGUAGAUGUUGAUCCUGCAUGAACCGUGAAGUUGUUGUUUAGACUGUGCUGUAGCUGAAUUAGCAUUAAAUUAUGAUGUUUGAA